AAUUUAAAAAAAAUAGGAGUAAUAUAAUACACACAAAAGAUACUAUUUAAUCAUCUUUGAUCUUUGUAAUAAAACCGUCAUAUAUAUUUUCCUCCAUGGAAGUAUUAAAGGAAUCUCAAAUCUUCCCAAACACAAAAUUAUCUUUUCUACGCGUAUUCCUCCCUUAAAAAGCUGUCACCUUUUAAACACAAAACAAAAUCCAACCCAUUUUACUCUUUCUCUUCCCACCACCAUUAAUAUCCCUUCUCCUUUCUCUCUCUAACCUUCACCUAUCUUCCUCCUCUUUCUCUCUCUAACCCUUCAAUGGAACUUACUAGAACUACCCUUUUCAUCUUCUUCUUCCUUUUCCUUUCCUUUUCUUCAGCAGAUGAUAAAUCCACCAUGAAUGACUUUCUUUUAGCUUUUACUUCACCUCCUUCUGGGUGGGAUUCUUCUACUGAUUACUGUAAAUGGAAAGGUGUUAAUUGUGAUUCUAAUCAACGGGUUACUUCCAUUAAUCUUGCUAAUCAAGGUUUAAGUGCUGUUUUACCAGUUUCAUUGAACUCACUUUCUCAACUUACUACACUUUCCCUUCAACAAAAUCAGUUUCAUGGGUCUUUACCUUCUUUAUCUGAUCUUUCUAAUCUUCAAAAUAUUUUCUUAGAUAAUAAUAAUUUUACUUCUAUAAAGAAUGGAACUUUUUCUGGGUUAACUGCUCUUCAAAUUCUUUCAAUUUCUUUCAAUGAGGCUCUUUCUCCUUGGCCUUUUCCUUCUGAAAUUAAGGAUUCUGUGAAUUUGGUUAGUUUUUAUGCAAGUAAUGCUAAAAUGGAAGGUGAAAUUCCAGAUCUUUUUGGAGUUUUUCCUGGGUUACAGAAUUUAAGGCUCAGUUACAACAAUUUUAGUGGGUCAUUGCCUAGUUCUUUUAAUGGGUCUUCAAUUCAAGUUCUUUGGAUUAAUAAUGCAGGUCUUUCGGGUUCGAUUGAUGUGGUUUCGGGUAUGACCCAAUUAACUCAGGUAUGGCUUCAUGGUAAUAGAUUUACUGGUCCAAUUCCUGAUUUAUCUAAUUGUAAAGAGAUCUUUGAUCUUCAAUUAAGGGAUAAUCAAUUUACUGGUAUUGUUUCAUCUUCUAUUGUUUCUUUGCCUAAAUUGUUGAAUGUUAGUCUUCAAAAUAAUGAACUACAAGGGCCUUUACCUGAAUUUCCUAAAACUGUUGAGAAAUGGAGUUUAGGGAAUAGUAGUAAUACUAAUAGUUUUUGUAGGGAUGAUUUUGGGGAUUGUGAUCCACAGGUUAAUACUUUGUUGGAUGUUGCUAAGGAUUUAGGGUUUCCUAUUAAGUUAGCUGAUUCUUGGAAAGGGAAUGAUGCUUGUAAUCAAUGGAGUUUUAUAACUUGUGAUUCUAAUAAGAAGGUUAUUAUUGUUAAUUUCGCGAAACAAGGGUUUUCGGGUACUAUUUCUCCGGCAUUUGCGAAUUUGACAUCGUUGACGGAUUUGCUUUUAAAUGAUAAUAACUUGACUGGAACUAUACCUGCUAGCUUAGCUAUAUUGCCUAAGCUUAAGAGGGUUAAUGUGUCUAAUAAUGAUCUUAGUGGGAUAGUUCCGAGCUUUAGUUCUAAUGUGAAUCUGGUUGUUGAUGGAAAUAAGAAUAUUGGAAAGGUGCUACCACCACCUGGUAGUUCUCCUGGUGGGUCUGGUUCAUCGAAAUCGGGUGGUGGGUCAAAUGGUUCUUCGGUUUCGGGUGGUAUGGUGGCUGGUGUGGUGAUUGCAGUUGUCGUUUUCGUUGUGGUUGUGAUGUUUGUUUUGUACAAGUGUUAUAUGAAGAGAAGACAUAGGAAGUUUGGGAAGGUUCAAAAUCCGGAAGUUGGGAAUGAGAUGGUGAAGACCAAUGUAGUCGAGGGAACGAAUGGUUAUGUAGGUGUUACAAGUGAGUUGCAAAGCCAGAGUAGUGGUGAUCAUGGUGAUUUUCCGGUGUUUGAAGGUGGAAAUGUAGCGAUCUCAAUCCAAGUUCUUCGACAAGUGACAAACAAUUUUAGCGAGAAUAAUAUAUUGGGACGUGGAGGAUUUGGAGUCGUGUACAGAGGGGAGUUGCACGAUGGAACUAAGAUUGCUGUUAAGAGGAUGGAAUCUAAUGCAAUGGGAACCAAAGGGAUGAAUGAGUUUCAAGCUGAAAUUGCCGUGCUUACGAAGGUUAGGCAUAGGCAUUUGGUUGCUCUUCUUGGGUUUUGCGUCAAUGGCAAUGAGAGGCUUUUGGUAUACGAGUACAUGCCACAGGGGCACUUAGGGCAGCAUCUGUUUGAGUGGCAAGAACUCGGACAUUCUCCUCUUACAUGGAAGCAGCGAGUCACCAUAGCUUUGGAUGUUGCUAGGGGGGUUGAGUAUCUGCACAGUUUGGCACAAUCAAGUUUCAUUCACCGAGAUUUGAAACCUUCUAACAUCUUGCUUGGGGAUGAUAUGAGAGCCAAGGUUGCUGAUUUUGGUCUCGUGAAAAAUGCACCCGAUGGAAAAUAUUCAGUUGAAACACGAUUGGCUGGAACAUUCGGCUACCUAGCUCCUGAGUAUGCUGUUACGGGGAGAGUGACAACUAAAAUUGAUGUCUACGCAUUCGGUGUAAUUUUGAUGGAACUUAUCACUGGUAGGAAAGCUCUUGAUGAGACGAUGCCAGAUGAGAGGUCCCAUUUGGUGACAUGGUUCCGUAGAAUCUUGAUCAACAAGGACAACAUCCGAAAGGCAAUCGACUCUAUUCUUGAUCCAGACGAUGAGACUAUCGAGAGCAUUUUUAGGGUUGCUGAGCUGGCAGGCCAUUGCACUGCUCGUGAGCCGCAUCAGAGACCCGACAUGGGACACGCUGUAAAUGUGUUGGGCCCACUCGUAGAGCAAUGGAAGCCUUCGUGCCAAGACGAAGAUGAUACCGAUGGCAUUGACCUACACAUGAGCCUCCCUCAAGCUUUGCAAAGAUGGCAAGCCAACGAGGGCACAUCGACAAUGAUCAGUGAUAUCUCCUUCAGCCAAACUCAAUCCAGCAUUCCGUCAAAACCCACCGGAUUUGCCGACUCAUUUGACUCGAUGGACUGUCGGUAAGCUAUGAGUGGCGUUGAAAACAUGAGCAGAUUCUUUCGGCUAAAAGCUACCGGCAACUCCCAUCUUUCACCCUAGUGAUUCCAAGAUUGCAUGAGUCAGUAAAAUUGUAUUUAUUUCAUGGAUUUGUUUAUUUAUUACUCUCUUUUUUUGGGUUCCUAAUUGCUCAUUAAGAUCUUGUGAGCUAACCCAAAAAAGGGGGUGGUUAGUUGUUUUUUAGUUGAAUUGGUGGUUAAAGAAUGUAGAAUCACACAUGGGUUUGGUAAGGGGAAUUGAUACCCAUGUAACAUGGGGCCAUGGGAUGAUUUGAAAAAGCAACUCAGACAGUACAUCUAGUUCAUUUUGUAACAUAUUCUUUAAUUCUAAUUAUUAUUCAAUUUCUAAUGCCCAUUUUUGACUUUUCAUUUCUUUUUUCAUAUG